AUGAGCAAGCAGAUUCCAGAAAGCGACAACGACGACGACAACAACAACAACAACGACAACAACGACAACAACGACAACAACGACAACGAAGACGACAAAAUGUCUCCCUAUGACAUCACGUUCAGUAUUCCGCAGGUAAGUGGGCUGGUGGUGGUCUGUGUGCUUGUCCUUCUGGUCAAGCACAUCUGGGGCGGUGUCCUCAGGGACGACGUCCUCUGGCUAUUGCGAGAGGUCGGUCGAUUCCUGCGGUUCAUCUGCCGGCUGAGGACGUACGAACCCGUUUCGAAUGUCGAGGUUCAGGAUGACGGAAAUGCCCUCGGGCAGGACCUUUAUCUUGAGACUGAUGACACACUCGAAAUGGAUGUUCUGUGGCCCCAGCCGGAGCCAGACCAUGGCAGAGAGGUGGCUGGCCAGCGUUAG